AUGGAGCAACAACGCCGGCGACCCGAGUACAACCUCGACAUCUUCGCGGACCUGGCGUGCGUGAAGGACGUGGUGAAGGCUAUCCUGCACACCAUCUUCUUUCACCGCUACUUCACAUCCAUAUCACCCCUCACCCGCGACCUGCUCGACCUCACCCUGCCUGCCAUUGACGAUGUAGACCUGGAGACGCUGAUCGACCAGCGGACCAUGGCACUGGUGCGGGCGAUCGACGGCGCACACCAGCAGCGGGGGAGAGGCCAGCUUUCCGUGCAGUUUUUUGAAAAGAGACGGAGAAAGACGUACUUCUUUGGCAAGGCAGACGAGGACGUGUGCUGGGAGCAGUGGACGCUGGAUGUCACGCUUGCCCAACCCAGGACAGAAGCUGAUGUCGUCAAAGUCCGCCGUGCCAUGACCAAGUCGCUCGAGAAGGCUGCGCACAAGAUCAUCAACAUUGUUAAUCGCGACAAAGACCACAUACCCCCCAUCACGACGACAGACGCUAAUCCUUUCCCGUACCACAUCACAGUGAACCCCAAGUCCGCGCCUGAGAACGACUGGCGACCACGCAUCGGGCUCUUCUGA